AUGUCCAAGUCUGCCGCCUUCUUUGACGCCGUCGCUACCCGCCGUUCCUUCUACAACCUCACCAAGAAGACCACCCUCUCCCCCGCCCAGCUCAAAGACAUUGUCGAGAAGGCCGUCAAGCACGCGCCUACCAGUUUCAAUGGCCAGCAGAGCAGGGCCGUGCUUGUCGCUGGCAAGAAGCACGAUGAGCUUUGGGACCUUGUCAAGAAGGGCUUCUUGAACACCUUGGGCGGUGACAAGGAGAAAGAACAGACCUGGGACCAGAAGUUUGACAGUGUCUACAAGGCCGGCUACGGUACCGUCAUCUUUUUCGAAGACCAAGAGGUCAUCAACGGCUUUGCCGCCAAGCUCCCCGCUUAUGCCCAGGCUUUCCCCGUGUGGUCUGACAACUCUGCGGGUAUUGUGCAGCAUAUUGUAUGGACUGCGUUGGUCGCUGAGGGUCACGGUGCCAACUUGCAGCACUAUGCUCAAGUCUCUCCCGAGAUCCAGGCGGACAUUACCAAAUAUGUCGACGUUCCCCCCACUUGGACGGUCUCUGCCCUCCUUCCCUUCGGUGUCCCCACCGGCCCCGCCGCGGAGAAAACAUUUGCCCCCAUCGAAAACCGUACCAAGUUCUUCUUUGACGAAGAGUAA